AAUAAGAGAAAAGGGGCAUGGAAAUUUCGUGCAGAAGUGGGAAGAUAAGAUCGUAAGAAACUGCAAAAGAAAAGAGAAAGGGAAGCAAAGCAGAGUCAUAGUUGAAGAGACCCCACAAAAUUCAAAUCGUGGUUCUUCCAAGCUUUCUCUAUCUGAAAUCUUCAUUUUCAAUUUUUCUUUCACUCUCUUUUCCCAACUUGUUUCCCUCUCUCUUCUUACCCUUUCAAACUCUUCAAAUACCAGCAAACGAUGCCCAUUCCCUUCUGCAUUAUCCUUCUCUUCUAGCCUUCUUUUCUUUCCCUUUUCUUUUCUGGGGGGGUAUUUCAACAAUGGCGAAGGCUGCUAAUGUUGACAAGGUGAAGCGGUUAAGAGGUUGGGUGCAAAACUACGAUUGGGGAAGAUGUGGGGCGGAGGCACAGGUGGCAAGGCUAUUGGCUUUGAAUUCCGGGGCUGAGGUUAAGCCCGAUAGGCCUUAUGCUGAGUUUUGGAUGGGAACUCAUGACUCGGGGCCAAGUUUUUUGGCUGAUGGCUAUGGAGAAGGUCAAAAUGUGGGUUUAAAAGAGUGGAUUCGAAAGAAUCCGAAUGUGCUUGGUCAUAAGGUUUUGGAAAAAUGGGGGCCCGAUCUUCCUUUUCUCUUCAAGGUACUUUCAGUGGCAAAAGCCCUUUCAAUACAGGCUCAUCCGGAUAAAGAAUUGGCCAAAGAAUUGCUUAAGUUGAAGCCAAAUCUCUAUAAGGAUGGGAAUCACAAACCUGAGAUGGCUUUGGCAAUUACAGAGUUCAGGGCCCUUUGUGGAUUCAUUACUCUCGAGGAGCUUAAGGGUGUGCUAGAUAUUCCAGAGAUUGUAGAAUUGGUUGGCAAUGCAUCGGCAAAGCAAGUCCUAGACAUUGACAAGCAAGAUGGGGCAGAGAAAGUAAAAUAUGCUCUGCGGUCGGUUUUUACCCAACUCAUGUCAGCUAGCAAGGAGAUGGCAACCAAAUCAAUAGCAAAACUGAAAAGUCGGCUGCACGUAGAAAGUCAGUUGAGGUGUCUAACUGAGAAGGAACAGUUGGUGUUACACUUGGAAAAGCAAUACCCGGGUGACAUAGGUGUUAUAUCGGCCUUCUUUUUCAAUUAUGUGAAACUUAAUCCGGGUGAAGCAUUGUAUCUUGGGGCAAAUGAGCCCCAUGCAUACUUGAGUGGAGAGUGCAUUGAAUGCAUGGCAACGUCAGACAAUGUUGUCCGGGCGGGUCUUACUCCCAAGCACCGUGAUAUCCAAACUCUUUGCUCCAUGCUAACAUAUAAGCAGGGCUACCCCGACAUCCUGAAAGGAUUUCCAUUGAGUCCAUACAUCACAAGGUAUCUCCCACCCUUCGAGGAGUUCGAGGUUGAUUGUUGCAUUCUUCCAAAAGGGGCAUCAACGGUCUUUCCAGCCAUUCCAGGCCCUUCUAUUUUCCUUGUAUUUCUCGGGAAGGGAACAUUUCACAUUGGAUCACGGGAGGACAUAGUGACUGAAGGAGAUGUGCUCUUCGCACCAUCCAACACGGAGAUUACCAUUACUACGUCGUCUGAACUGCAGCUAUACAGGGCAGGGGUCAACAGCAGGUUCUUUCAUACUUCCUUGUGAGUUUAGAAUAGAACCUCAGCCAUCGUCAGCCAUAGGGAGUAAAUAGUUUAUUAAUUAAUUAUUUUUGCAUGUAUUUAUGCUAUAUAUAUAUAUAUAUAUUUCUUUUUUCCUGCCAUUUAUAGUUCUCCAUUCCUGCAUUAUAUUGUAAUUUAGGACUUGCAUAUAAUGUAAUACAGUAUAAUUUAAUACCAUUCAUGUCUAUCAGAAUAUAUAAAUAAAUUGAAUUCAUUUCCUAUUACAA